AUGUGUACGUGUAGGCGUGACGGAUCGCAUUUAGUGCCUAAUUGGGUUCUGUCUCUUUUGAUCAGUGUACAACAUUUGAUGAACACAGGGGAACACGUGCAUCAACUUUCCUGCAAUGAAUCAGAAGGUCCGCUGGAAUGUGAAGCAGACGCCACUCAACUGAUCCGCUCGUCGUUAAAAACUGUGAUGUGCGAGCACAAUGCAUGCAUCUACACAACGUUGUAUGCCCCCUCACCCCACCCAACUCCACCCCACCACACCUCGCCCCACCUCACAUUAACCCACCUCAUACCAGUCCACCCACCCAACACGCAGGAAUAUCUACUGACCGAGCCCAUUGUGAAGAAGAUACAGGGAGAGGAGGUGAUGAAGAAGAUGAAGAGAAAGCUGGAGGAACUCCUCAACGAGAGGGUAGAGGCUGUUGAGCUCAAAGUAAAAACAAAAACAAUGUCAAUAAAAAAAUGCAAAGAAGAGAAGAAUGAUGUGAAAUGGAAAUAA